AAAGGCCACGUUUUCUGCAAAGAGUGCAUUCUCGAGUGCCUGUUGGCUCAGAAGAAAGACAUUCAAAGGAAGUUAGCUGCUCAUGCUGCUCAGCAGAAGCAAGAAAAAGAAGAGGAAGAAGAGAAGUUAAUGCUGCAGAAAGCCAGAGAGCUCGAUGAAUUUGAUCAGCAAAACCAUGGUGCAAUGCCACAAUACAGUGAUAAGACUCAUAGCAAGGAUAAGAAUGGCUUCCAUGGAGCUAAUAGCGUGAAGGCCACUUCAUAUGAGGAAGAAGCACUCCGAACAAUGAAAGCAUUUUGGCUUCCUCUGCCACUCCCGAAGCAGCCAUUAAAAUCUUAUAUAUGCCCCAGCUGCAAGGUGACUCUUACAAAUACGCUGUCGCUUAUGGCUUUAAGUUCUUGUGGGCAUGUGUUUUGCAAGAAGUGUGGGGAUAAGUUUAUGGCCGUUGAUAAGGUUUGUUUGGUCUGUAACAAGGGAUGUAAAGAGAGGAACUUGAUUCCCUUGGAGAAAGGAGGGACGGGAUUUGCUGCCCAUGGGGAUCAUCUGAUGGCAACAGAUUUCAAGCAUUUGGGUAGUGGAUCUGGAUUGGGGUUGGUUAGGCCUGCUGCGAAGACAUAA